GACAAUGAAUUUGUUGUGUAUGAUAAAAACCAUCAACAGCUGUGUUACUUAGUGGAGUUUUCCAUACCAGAGGAAAGGAGUUUAGCUUCUAUGGACUUAGCUUUUUUCAGAUGUGAUGUUAAAGAUACAUAUUUGAAUAGAUCUUCAUUUGAUGAAAAAGAAAUGUCUAAGUACAAUAGUAAUAUUGAUGAUGUCAGCAAUAUUGAAGAUCCAUUGACUAAGGUGACUCUUGGCUUACAGAUGUUAGAUUCUUCAGGUCAGCAAUUAGCUCUGCCUCUUCAAGCAGUUCAUGUUCGAGCUCAGAUGUUUGACUUAGCAUCUCAGGUGGUGGUAUUCCAGGUCUACAAAAAUACCCAUAACAAACCAGUUGAAGCGAAGUACGUGUUUCCUUUGGAGACUGGAUCAGCAGUAUGUGGAUUUGAAGCUUACAUCAACAACAAGCAUGUUGUAGGGAAAGUGAAGGAGAAAGAGAAAGCUCAUGAGGAAUAUAAAGAAGCUAUUAAAAAGGGACAUGGAGGCUAUCUGAUGGACCAGGAGACACCAGACAUAUUUACUGUGAGUGUGGGAAAUCUUCCACCCAAUAGUACUGCCAUUAUCAAAAUAACCUAUGUGACUGAAACAGCCAUGGAAGGAGAUGUAGUUUGUUUUUCUGUGCCUUCCUCAGUAGCUUCUGGAAUAAAAGAUGGUGCCCUACAACAAACAACCCAGACUACAACAGAGAUGGUUGAUAUAGAGAAUAUGCAUGGAAAAUUCAGUUUAAAAAUGUGUAUUGAAAUGCCAUUUGUUAUUCGAACAAUUCAAUCCCCUACCCACAAAAUACAGUUAAAGAAAACUGAAACCAAGGCAGUUGUGGUGGUAGAAGAAUGCAGCAUGCUUAACAUAGAUUUUAGCUUGCGUAUAGGACUAGCUGAGGUUCAUGUGCCAAGAAUGUGGGUAGAAAGGCAUCCUGAAGAAGAGAGCCAGGCAUGCAUGCUAACGUUUUAUCCAGAGUUCGAGGCACCAGAAUUACAUCAGCCUGAGAUUGUGUUAUGUAUAGAUGCAUCCAACUCCAUGAAAGGUGCACCUUUCCAAGAUGCCCUCAAGGUGGCACUACUCUGUUUGAAUCAUCUGCCAGAAAAAUCUCUAUUUAACCUUGUUGCUUUUGGUUCAGUAUUCCAGGAGCUAUUUCCAAGCUCUCAGCCUUUUACAUCCAAGAUUAAAAAAGAAGCUCAACAGUUUUUGAAGCAUCUAACUCCAAAUUUAGGAAACACAGAGUUAUUCAGACCUUUGAGAUUCUAUCAUCUAAUGACAAACAGUGAUAAACUUGUAAAUAUGCUGGUAAUUACUGAUGGCUUUGUGAACAAUGAAGGAAGUGUGAUUACAGCUGCUAGAAAAGGAUGCUCAAGAGUAAGGGUUUUCACCAUGGGUGUAAGUUCUACACUCAACAAACAUUUUCUGAAAAGAGUUUCUCAUCAUGGAGCUGGAUGUUUUGAGUUUUUUGAUCCAAGUCGUAAAUCCAAGUGGAUACAAAAAGUUAAUGCUCAACUUCAAAAAGUUGCACAGCCGGUAUUAACCAACAUUUCUGUUGAAUGGAAACUGUUUGAUGAAGAUGCUCCAAUACCACUUCAGGCUCCUAGACAAAUCAUGUCAUUGUUUAGUGGAAACAGACAAAUUAUCUAUGGUUUUGUGCCACAUUGCCACAUGGCUACCCUGAAAGCAGAGGUUUGUGGGCAAGAGAUUUCUACUGUUGUGUCUACCUCAGAACUUAAUGAGACAGUUGGACUGGUUCUGCAUAAAUUAGCAGCUCGAUCAGUCAUUUAUGACUGGGAAGAAGGUUUACUAGAUGAAAACAGAAUAAAACAAUUGACAAAGAAAAAAGAACAAGAACAAGAAAUUAUUGACAUGAGUACUAAGUUUGGCAUUGUGUGCAGCCUUACAAGUUUUGUAGCUAUAGAAGAAAGAUCUGAGGAUGAAGAUAUUUAUGGUCAAGAGCCACCACUAGAAAAAUUGUUGUUGAAUGAAGAUGUGGAUAUUUUACCUUACAUUGGGUAUGAAGGAGACAGUUCACACUUGGGUAUCUCGUCUACAACUUCUACCACAUUAGAAAGAAAUACUGGAGACCAGGAGAGGCUGCAAGAGAACUUUGAUGUGGAGGCUGACACUGACAGUGAUGACAAUCUUGACUUUGGAUGUAUUAGUUUUCUUCAUGAUGACAUGGAUGUUGGAUUUAGUGAAUUCGAUUCAUCACCAGCAUUAAAUAUCAAAAAACUGAUUUAUGUGAAAAAUUUUGAAGAUGGAUUAGCGAUGGAUCAAGCUUCUGUAGAGGAUGAAGUUAAUGGUGUGGAUGUAGAAGCAAAACAGAUGCAAAACCAUAGUGUAAUAACCAGAACACGAAAUAUCAAACACUUUCAGAACUCAACACCUGCUGACCAUCAGGAUGUUAAAUGUCUUAAUAAAGAGCUUAUAUUAGAAUCUGCAAAGGAUGUUCAGCCUUUCCAAACCAAAAAAUCCAAAACCAUGGCCUCAAGCCCCACUGUAUCUCCCAAUAGAAUAGAAUUGAAAGAGAAAUUAACAUCUAAUGCAUCAGGACCUUCAUCUACUUUGCUUUCUAAAUGCAUUGAUGAAACCAUAGAAAAAAAUGCUUCAUUGCUAACCAAGGAAACAGAUAUUAGAUUUUCUUCAGACAGAGUUUGUGAAUCUUUACCACAGACUGCAGAGACAAAAUCAUCAUCAUCAUUAUUUGGAUGUGGAAAAUCUGAUUUGGACACACUAUCUGCACCAAAGAACAUUACUAGACAUGCAGAAGGUACAUCAUUAAUAAGAUCUCAUUAUAAAUCAGUGUUAAAUAAAGCAAACACCACCCUAUCACCAACAACUUUAUAUAAAGUUCCAGUGGCUGAGACAGUUUCAUCUCCACUUCAAUUGAAAAUGAAGUCUCGACACAGAAUGGUCAAGAAAAUGGCAGCACCGCCUCCACCAACAUCAGUCAAGCUGGCACAAACUGCAGAUAGUUCCCAGUUGAUACAACCUUUACCAAGAAUCAGAGCUGGAUAUGCAGCAGACCAUCAACCAGCUGCACCACCUCUGCAACGAAUCACAUCUGGAUAUGCAGCAGACGAGCCAAUGACUCUGUCUUUGGAAACAUCAUGUACAGGUAUUUUUGGAGGUCUUCAAUCUACAGCACCAUCAACCACAUUUAGUUUUGGGAAUACACCAUUUACUGCCUCAUCUGAUCAUGAGUCUAAAGUGACAUCAGGUACAGGUAUUUUUAGAGGUGUUCAAUCCACAGCACCAUUAAGCACAUUUAGUUUUGGGAAUACACCAUUUACUGCCUCAUCUGAUCAUGAGUCUAAAGUGACAUCAGGUACAGGUAUUUUUAGAGGUGUUCAAUCCACAGCAUCAUUAAGCACAUUUAGUUUUGGGAAUACACCAUUUACUGCCUCAUCUGAUCACGAGUCUAAAGUGACAUCAGAUACAGGUAUUUUUGGAUAUUUUCAAUCUACAGCACCAUCAAGCACACUUAGUUUUGGUAAUACAGCAUUUUCUGCCUCACCUGGUCCUCAAUCUAACAUAACAUCAGGUACAGAUAUUUUUGGAGGUAAAUAUUUUUCUCCGCCUGAUCUUCAGUCCACAGCAACAUCAAGCACAUUUAGUUUUGGGAAUACAGCAUUUUUUCUUCCAUCUGGUCCUCAAUCUAAAUCUAUGUUUGGAAAUACACCAGUUUCAUUCCCAUCUACUUUGUUUCAUGCAAAGCAAAACUUUAUUGAUCUUUGGGAAGAGAAAAAAAGUACAAAAGAUCAAAACUUUGAUUUCUCUGAUUUAAAUGUUUCAGAGCAAUCACAAGAUAUCAGUGAAGAAACAAGUAAAAAAAAAUAUCCCAAAUUGAAGGUUUUACCUCCUAAGAGUAGAUUCCUGCCUAGAAAGGAUAAACAAGUUGAACUUGACAACAAUGUUCUGUAUGUGUCAAAAUACCAAAAGGAUAAUGAGUUCUACUUUGAACAAGAUCCCAAGGAAUUGAUUCAUCAAAAAAGUGAUAGAUUUGUUGAAGAAAUAACAUGCCUUAUACUUCAAGCUCUUUCAGAUAUCUCCAGUUUUAAAGGAGGGGGAAUUCCAUUUACUUCUACUGUUCUUAAGCAUCUCCAUAAACUAUCAUCCGAUAACCUACAGCUAGAACAAGUUUUGAAACAUUUCGAACUUGAUUUGUCAUUAGAAAACACAAAAGGAGAAGAGUCAGUAGCUAAGACAAAAGGCAGAAUAAGUGAAGGUGGACAGUUUAUCAUGGACUUGAGAUUAUUCCAAAAGAAGGAGGAUAUUGGAGUGAAGAAGAUUGUUUACAGCUACAAAUCAUGAAAAACUCUAUGCUUUCUGAACUAGAGACUGCAGGAAUUGGAUCAUUAGGCACGAAAGUUUCUGUCAGCAUUCUUCGUUUGCUGUCUUCACUAGCUGUGUUGUCAUACUUGGCCAUUCACAACAGACUGCUGCAAAAAACUUUGAAAAAAGCUUUACAGCAACCAAUAACUGUUGAGAUCCUGGAAGAACUAUCAAAGAAAUGUGCUGAGGUGUUAAUUAAAAAUCUCCCAGUGAGUUUGUGGCUGAUCAAAGCUGUGGUUUAUGUUUGUGCACAAGAUAAAAGCUAUUCUUGGGUUUGUAGCUCCUUAGGAUGCAGCCAAAAUUGGGAAAAAUUUGUCUUAAAAUAUAUUGAUUUAUCUAAAACAUUUGAUACCAAUCUGAUAUGGGAGUAUGUGUGAAAUAAAGCACACAACAUUUCUUCUUAUUUGAAAGUCUAAGAUCAGGUAGUUUAUGAGUAAUUGUAUUAUCUAAUUGAUACUUAUGUAAAUUAGAUGGCAUAUCUAUCCAGUUGUUUGAUUUUUUUAAAAUAAUUACAUUUAAUUGUACAGAAGUUUUUUUUUGCUGUUGCAGUUGAAUUUGGUGUAAUAUUUCUGUAAAAUGAAACAAACACUAAAUCUUAUGAGUUCUAGAUUAUAUGAGAAUAAGUACAGGCAUACAAAAGAAAAACUGAAAUAUCAUUUUUUUAUUUAAUAUUGGUCAUAACUGAUAAUGCCUCUUCCUACAUUUUGAUAUUCAAGCAUAUGAAACUAUUUACCUUUUGUUUUUAUAAAAUAUUUAAAAAAUUACAACAUUAUUCUCAUGUAAUACUCUUAUAGAACAUGAAGUAAUUUCCAACUGAAUUAGCGCCAUAAAGGCAACAUAAUACUUAAUUUCAAUUGUAUUGUUAAUAGACGUUUCCUGAAACAAUAAUAAAAAAAACCUUAUUCCA